AAUUAUCUUAUUGUAGUACUGUCACGUGUCUCCCAUUAUUUGAAUCCGGAUAAACAAUCCAAUCCAAUCCAAAAACUCGAUUUCUCGCCUUUGUUUUUGUUUCCUCAAGCUACACAGUACAGUAUCAAGAAAGAAAAUGGCAACACUAUUUGCAGCACCGACAAGUAUUAUACAGAAGAGCGUCGUCAUCAAUCACCUGCAGCACCAUGUUACUUGUUCCACUUCGUCACCUGCUGGUUUAUUACUACCACCCAAGCACCACCCCUUUUCAUUUUCGUCGCAAAACUCCACUUUUAUGGGUUUACCUUUCAAAUCGGCCACUCUCUUGAAAAGAUCAUCAUCAUCAUCAUCAUCAUCAUCGUCUGGGAUUCAAAUGUCAUGGGAUGCUUCUCUCUCUUCAGUCAAAUUAAUUCUUCAAGGCAAAAAUCUCGAGUUGAGUCCCGCGGUGAAGAGCCACGUGGAAGAGAAGUUGGGUAAGGCAGUUCAAAAGCACAGCCAUUUAGUAAGGGAAGUAGAUGUCAGGUUGUCUAUUCGUGGCGGAGAAGUCGGUAAAGGUCCAAAACUACGAAGAUGUGAAGUGACUCUGUUCACGAACAAACACGGAGUUAUUCGAGCAGAAGAGGAUGCAGAGUCGCUUUACGGUAGUAUCGAUUUGGUUUCGUCUAUGAUUCAACGAAAAUUGAGAAAGAUCAAGGAGAAAGACUCCGACCACGGCCGCCAUAUCAAAGGUUUUAAUAAUGUAACCGAACCUACUGAAUUACCGGCUGCAGAGGAUUUAGAAGCGAUUCCCGAUGAAGACGAAGAUACCGUGAUCGCUGAGAUUGUUAGGACAAAGUACUUUGAUAUGCCGCCUUUGACUGUUAGUGAGGCGGUUGAGCAGUUGGAGAAUCUGGAUCACGACUUCUAUGGUUUUCGGAACGAGGAAACUGGUGAGGUUAACAUAGUUUACCGAAGAAAAGCCGGUGGCUAUGGGGUUAUUAUUCCGAAAGGAAACGGAGAAACGGAUACAGUGGAACCCGCGGUAAUAACUGAAUCAGCUUUGUAAAAUUAAAAAAAUUCCCACUGUAAUAACUAGCUGUUCUUUAAACAUUGAGGGCAGCAAAUCAUAAUAAUAACAACAUCGAUUUCAGCAAUAAGUUCUUAUUUAUUUAUUUAUUUA